AUGGUCGCCACAACCGUCGAGCUGCCUCUGCAGCAAAAGGCCGAUGGCGAUGCCCAGACUGGCCCUCUGCCAUUCGGCAAUUCCCUCCUCAAGGAGUUCCUCCACGAUCCUGCCUACCGGAACCUCAACCACGGCUCCUUCGGCACCAUCCCCCGCUUCAUCCAGUCCCAACUCCGCACCUACCAAGACUUAGCCGAAUCCCGUCCAGACUCCUUCAUCCGCUACCAAACGCCCGUUCUCCUCGACGAAUCCCGCGCCGCCGUCGCUGCCCUUCUAAAAGUCCCCACCGAAACCGUCGUCUUCGUCUCCAACGCCACACUAGGCGUCAACACCGUCCUGCGCAACAUCGUCUGGUCCCCCGACGGCCUCGACGAGAUUCUCUACUUCGACACCAUCUACGGCGCCUGCGGCAAGACCAUCGACUACGUCAUCGAAGAUAAGCUCAACGCCGUUAGCUCACGCUGCGUCUCCCUCGUGUACCCAGCCGAAGACGAGGACGUCAUCGCCGCUUUCCGCGCCGCAAUCACCGCCAGCCGCGCAGCCGGCAAGCGUCCCCGUCUAGCAGUCAUUGACGUAGUCUCCUCAAUGCCCGGCGUGGUCUUCCCCUUCCCCCAGAUAAUCCAAAUCUGCAAAUCCGAAGGCCUCAUCUCAUGCGUCGACGGCGCGCAGGGAAUCGGCAUGGUGGACCUCAAGAUCUCCGAAACCGACCCCGAUUUCUUGGUCAGCAACUGCCACAAGUGGCUAUUCACGCCGCGCGGCUGUGCAGUUUUCUACGUUCCCGUGCGAAAUCAGCACUUGAUUCGGUCGACGCUGCCGACUAGUCAUGGCUUCGUGGCCAAGACGGGCGAGAGAUUCAACCCGUUGCCGCCGACUAGCAAGUCCGAGUUUGUUAAUAACUUUGAGUUUGUCGGGACGGUGGAUAACAGUCCGUUUUUCUGCGUCAAGGACGCGAUUAAGUGGCGGGAGGAGGUGCUUGGCGGGGAAGAAAGGAUUAUGGCUUACACGACGCGCUUGGCGAGGGAGGGGGGGCAGAAGGUGGCGGAGAUUUUGGGCACGAGGGUGUUGGAGAAUAAGAAGGGGACGUUGGUCAGGUGCGCGAUGGUUAAUGUUGCGUUGCCACUUGUGACGGGGGUUGAUCUCAAGGCGGGGGUGAAGUUGACGGAGAAGGAGGAGAAGGAGGUCGAGGGGAUGUAUGAGAUCCCGAAGGAGGAGGCGGCGAAGGCGUUCAAUUGGAUGUAUAAGGUGUUGCGGGAGGAGUAUAACACUUUUGUGCCGAUGACGUUUUAUAGGAGGAGGUUUUGGGCGAGGUUGAGCGCGCAGGUUUAUUUGGAGGAGAGCGAUUUCGAGUGGGCGGGACAGACGUUGAAGGAGGUUUGUGAGAGGGUGGCUAAGGGGGAGUAUAAGAGUGCCUGA